AUGGCAGCAAAAGGAAUCGACAACAUAAUCCCACCCAACAUUCUCUCCCGCGCCAAGGGCCUCGCAAUCUUCACAGUCCUCAAAGCCGGAUUCCUCUUCUCUGGUCGUGCAGGGUCCGGUAUUGUCGUCGCCCGGCUUGACGAUGGGACUUGGUCGGCUCCGUCUGCGAUUGGGACGGGCGGGAUGGGAUUUGGAGGACAGAUUGGGGCGGAGAUCACGGAUUUUGUGAUUGUUUUGAAUACUAAAAGUGCGGUGAGGAGUUUUAUGAAGGAGGGGAAUAUCACCCUGGGAGGGAACCUUUCUGUUGCUGCUGGACCAAUUGGAAGAACGGCAGAGGCGGGUGCGUCUGCUACCCUCGGCGCUAUUGCUGCCAUCUACUCCUAUAGCAAAACCAAGGGUCUCUUCGCCGAACGCGUGGACACAAACGAAGACUUUUAUCGUGCCCCCGUCACUGCCAAAGAACUCCUUUCGGGCGCCAUCCCACCUCCACCCCAAGCAGAUAUCCUCUAUCGUGCACUCAAUUUGAAGGCGUCGGAUGGGAGUGCAGCGUAUAGUAGCCCAAGUCACAGUAAUGCUGGCGGGUAUGUCGGGAUGGAGAAUGACGGUUCUGCGAGAGAUUACCGCACCAGUGCCAACACACCUCUGAUCCCCGACCUGGAUGACCCUGCUCCCAGCUACUCUCCUACUGCCACCACUCCAGUUUCCAAGUUCAGCAGCAAGCCCCGGGAAGGCAUGAGCAACACCAGCGGCACAGGAUACAGCCGCCCCUCAAGCGACAACAACAACCCCUUCUCCUCCGCCCAAAACCCCAUGAACACCAGCAUCGCCAACAACAAAUCUUCCACCUUCUCGUCCAUCCAUUCUCGCAGUGCUCCACCUCCACCAGUUCCCUCAGCACCCCCAACAAUGGGCGUGAAACCCGUAUUCGUAACAGCGUUGUACGAUUUUGCUGGCGAACAGCCUACAGAUUUGUCGUUUAGUAAGGGGGAUCGGAUUACGGUUGUGAAGAAGACGGGGAGUACGAAUGAUUGGUGGACAGGGCGGUUAAAUGGAAGGGACGGCGCUUUUCCUGCCAACUAUGUCCAGUAG